AGUGGAGGAGCGGGGGUAUUCGCUGACAGCACAGUUAUGUUCAGAUAAACAACAUUCAGUGCUUUUGCCAUGAUGGGCAGGUCAGACUGAAAUUUACCGUCUUGGUUACGGUAUAUGACUAUCUGUAGGAUAUCUCCCGCUCGACGGAUAUACUGGAUUUUAUGGUGAAACCGCCACGGUGUGGAGUAUACCUUUAGCAGCAGUGUGCUGUGGGUAUAUAGACAGAGCGGGCCUGGAGAGCCGGAUGUGAAGAACUGAGAGAGUUGCUGCUUGGCUCCAACACACACACACACACACACACACACACGACACUGGGAACUGGACACGGCCCACUGAGCCUGUCUCCUCCCUGGUCCGAGAGACAGGACUGCCAUCCCUUCCACGGGCCGAGCACCAGAACAUCCCUCUGAAGACCUACGGGACUCCCAGGAGCAAUGUGACCGGAGCCUGGAUCGAGCCAGGACACCAACAGGCUGUUAUGGAUCUGAGAGGAGAAGCCCAAAGAACCAGCACGCUGUGAAUCCACACCAGUCCAGCCACAAUGUUCCCAGUCCUGUUUUUGGUGGCAACCACGAUAGCAACAAAUUACUCUUCCAGUGGAAACGAUACCAAUGAAGACACAGCAGCAGAGAACCACCAUGUCCUGCCCAUCGUGUUGGUUCUGUCUGUGCUGAUCGUCAUCAGCAUUCUUCUGGCGUGGUACUUCCUCAGGUUAAAAAACCAGAGAAAGGCAGUCGUCACCACAGUCGACAAGAAGAUACCAAAUGGCCUCCUGGAAGAACAAGAACAGCAGACCGUGGUGUUGCUCCCCAGAUCGCCUUCUACAUCUAAAACCUACAUCCCUAUCCCUGUUGACUGUCUUGAGGAGGAAACGAGGAUACGAUCAGCGGACGACUGCAAACUCUUCAGGGAAGAGUUCAAUUCGUUGCCCGGAGGAUAUACCCAGGGGACGUGUGAGGAAGCCAACAGGGAAGACAACAAAGACAAGAACAGAUAUCCCAACAUCCUUCCAUAUGACCAUUCCCGUGUGGUGUUGACACCACUGGAUGGAAACCCCUGUUCAGACUAUAUCAACGCUUCAUAUAUUGAUGGCUACACGGGACAAAGCAAAUUCAUUGCAGCACAAGGUCCUAAGGAAGAGACCGUGGCAGACUUCUGGAGGAUGAUAUGGGAACAGAAGUCGGCAACAAUCGUCAUGCUGACAAACCUCAAAGAGAGAAAAGAAGAUAAGUGCUACCAGUACUGGCCUGACCAAGGCUGCUGGACCUAUGGCAAUGUUCGUGUGGCAGUGGAAGACUUUACUGUGCUUGUGGACUACACCAUUCGCAAGUUCUGCAUACAAUAUCAGGCUACGGAUGGCAGCAAGCCCUCGCGGCUGGUCACUCAGCUCCACUUCACCAGCUGGCCUGACUUCGGGGUCCCCUUCUCCCCCAUCGGCAUGCUCAAGUUCCUCAAGAAGGUCAAAAACGUCAACCCUUCCUUUGCUGGUCCCAUCGUAGUCCACUGCAGUGCUGGUGUGGGGCGGACAGGGACCUUCAUCGUGAUUGACGGCAUGAUAGAUAUGAUGCACCAGGAGCAAAAGACAGACGUCUUUGGUUUUGUGUCCAAGAUACGAGACCAGCGCUCACAGCUUGUGCAGACGGAUAUGCAGUACUCAUUCAUCUACCAGGCCCUGUUGGAAUACUUCCUCUACGGAGACACAGAGCUGGAUGUGUCAUCUCUGGAAGGACACCUGCAGAAACUACACAACACCAACGCCCCUUUUGACAGAGUGGGACUGGAGGAGGAGUUUAAAAAACUGACCAACAUGCGGAUAAUGAAAGAGAACAUGAGAACAGGAAAUCUGCCUGCCAACAUGAAGAAAAACCGGGUCCUUCAGAUCAUUCCAUACGACUUCAACCGAGUGAUUCUCUCCAUGAGAAGAGGCCAGGAGUUCACGGACUACAUCAAUGCAUCUUUUAUAGAUGGCUACCGGCAGAAGGACUACUUCAUAGCCACCCAGGGCCCUCUGUCUCACACUGUGGAGGACUUCUGGAGGAUGGCCUGGGAAUGGAAGUGUCACUCCAUCGUCAUGCUCACUGAACUACAGGAAAGAGAGCAGGAUAAGUGUUUCCAGUACUGGCCAUCAGAAGGCUCUGUGACUUAUGGAAACUACACUGUGGAGAUUAAGGGGGACACCAUGUGUGACACUUUCAGCCUACGAGACCUGGUACUCACCUUCGGCCCGGACAAGCAGACACGGCUCGUCAGGCACUUUCACUUCCACGGCUGGCCAGAGAUCGGCAUCCCCGCCGAGGGGAGAGGAAUGAUCGACAUCAUCGCAUCGGUGCAGAGACAACAACAGCAAUCAGGAAACCAUCCCAUCAUCGUACACUGCAGUGCUGGCGCAGGGCGGACCGGUACGUUCAUUGCACUGAGCAAUAUCCUGGAGAGGGUCAAGGCCGAAGGCCUACUGGACGUCUUCCAAACUGUGAAGAGUUUACGAAUGCAGAGGCCACACAUGGUUCAGACCGUGGAACAAUAUGACUUUUGCUAUCGGGUGGUACAAGAUUUUGUUGACAUUUUCUCAGACUAUGCCAAUUUUAAAUGACGGAAUAUUUGCCUUAAACAUAUUUUUGUUCAAUGUUGUUUUUUAAAUGCCAGUUGGUCUGGAUUUGUGUUAACAGCAUCCUGUCCUUAACAGGAUUAAAUGAUCUUCUAUUUUGCUAUGCACUUGUCCUCACCGUAACUACAAAUCCAUCCUUCAUUCUAUACUGUACGUUGAUAGACAACAUUUUUUAAUGCCAAAAUUGAGAAAAAUAAUGUAUAUUUCACAUCAUGUAUAAUAAUUAUUUUGUCAUGAAAUUCAAGUAUUAUUUUAACUGUGCUCUCUUCAUUCCAUUUUUUUUGUAUGAUACUGUACUUUUGCUAAAACCAUGUUUAUUCAAACUGUUUAUUUUUGAUUUGCCACACUUGUAAUAUUUUUGAAAAUGUAGCUAUUGUAAAAGUAUUUAUGUAUUGUUGCAGACCUUCCAUAACUGCAUUCUGAGAACGUUAUGUGAAUGUUAAAAUAUUUUAUUUAUGUAAAACUAACUUCUGACAUUUAUUAAUGACUUCUAUCUGUGAUUAGAGGUGAUAUCGUCUGUAAUUUCGUUGGAAAUAACCCAUUUCAAAUAUGAAGGUCUUUACAAUGCAAAUAUAACAAGUGCAUAGCUCCGCCCACAUUGUGGAAAAUACCAAAAUAUGCAAAGCAUGGAUAUCAAGUUAAACCCUUAUUAAAGACUGACAUUUUAACAAAAAUAUUAAGAAGUAGUUAGUUUCCAUUAAACAUGAUAAACAUAAUCCACAAAUGUUUUAAUCCAAUGCGAUUUAUCGUAAAUUCACACAUUGAUGUUUGGUGUGGAAGACCCUGGGAUUUUGAGCCCGCAAUCUUGGUGUUGCAAGGACUCUGAUCUACUGAGCCAUUCAGGGACCACUUUACUCCAGUGGUGAAAUGUAACCUGCACAUAUAAUAACAACAACACACAAGUAAUACGCUAGUCCUGCUACAUCAAUACUACGAUUUGCCUAUGGUCAACUUUUACUAAGGCAAAUGCUUUGCUAAAGUGACUGCACGUUCUGAGGCAAACGUACAUUGCCGAACAUACGGCCAAAGGACAUUACGUAUUACAUGUCAAAUAAUGUUUUAAACUGAAAAGUUACAUUCACAAUGUGUAUAUAUUUUGUAUUGCUUUUAAGCAGUAGAUACAUCUUAAAUGGUGCAAUCCGUAAGAUGUCGUUGUGCCAAAAUCAAUUAAGUAAUUAAAAAUAAUUAUCUCGAUUCAACAGGGACAAUGUCAUAGGAUUAAAAGACGUGAAUACAUCUAAAUUAACAUUAGAUUGAUUUAAAUGCAUUUGAACACUAAAUAGUAUAAAGAAGCACAAAUGAUCGUUUCAUUUUAAGUAACGCUCCUCAAAAUAUAGGCAAUAUAUUAAUCCCAAUAAAAUAAAUUAGUAUUUCGUCCACUGUGUUAUAGUUUACAUGCUAGCCCCGCUCUCACCUUCUGCGCAUGUCCUCAUGACAUCAUGGCAAUUCAACUCUGGUCCGAUGAAACGUCUGAUGUUUGCCUUCCUGGUAGUAGUGACUGCACUCACCUGUUGUCCCAGUAAGUCCGAAUCAGUCCAUUAUUUGACGGAGAGUAUUAAAAGCGGAAAUGUUUCAGCCCUCUAAGACUGAAAUAUAAUAGCACUGCAUUUCACCGUUGCCAUAGUUUUAAAAGUAUAGAUCAGGUGGGGGCUGGGUGCCCCAGCGGAGCAUUACCUCAACCAUCAGCUGUGCUUCAAUAUCGGGCACCCUAAUUCGUCUCUUAAAUUACCUGAGUUCCGACAGACCAGCGGCCCACUCGCCUUUUCUCUCAAAACCUGUUGACAUAUUUUGUCGGUAGAUGCAACAUCAGGAAACACUAACCAUAUCAAAUGUACCUUAAAAAAAGGUACAAUGUCCCUUACACGCAAAAGGUGGGACCUUAACUGGGAAGGAUGGGCUCAUAGUAAUGCCUGGAAGGGAAGUGGACUGGUGUAUAAUACAUCACACACACGGUCCUACAGUGUUAAAUUCAAUUCCAUUAAUUCCGCUCCAGUCACCACAAAGAGCUGCCCUCCUCUCAGAAACCCCCUUUGACAUAUUGGAAGACAGAGCUACGUCUGAUUGUUGGAAUAUUUCUGGUAGUUUUGUGAGAUGCAAACUGUCUCUUUCCAAUCUGGAGGAAUUGCCCAAAUUAAUUCUCUCUGCCUCUUUUUACAACUGUUUAUUGACAAAGUUUUAGGUCAGACCUAUUAGUCUUUUGUUUUCCUUUCAAUGUCCGUCUCUAAAUUCUCAAUGUCUUUUAAGAGCUGGGUUGCAAUAUUAAAAUCAUUGAAAAACA